AUGUCAUUUGUGGAAGAAAGCCGACCUGUGGACACAACUUGCACGGAAGAUUUUUCUAAUCAGACUGCUGUCCGCAUUGUAUAUGAGACACUUUGCAAGUCCUGUCUGUACCUCGUCUUCUUCGUCCAUUUCAUUCUAAACUGGCCAGUGGCCACCAUCGGAUGUGAGAAUGGACCCAACAACACAAUGUCAGAAAGUAGUUGAGCGGAUGAAGUCAGAAAGCUUAGCAAGAAUUCAACUUGGUCGAAAAAAUUCGAGAGCGAAAUUUGAAAAAUGGAUUGAUGAUAUCAUCGGUGAAGUACAAGA